UCAUGGCCUAUGAGACAGAGGAUCAUGAGACUCAAUACUGCUUUCCUGCCAUCAACUCAUCAUGUAUCAAGGGAAAACGCUCCAGACAUGAAUACAAUAUCAUGUAUGUGUUUUUUUCAUUGCUGUCAGCAUGGACUGUGUUUGUGAACCUGCUGGUGAUCAUCUCCAUCUCUCACUUCAAGAAGCUUCACACUCCAACAAACCUGAUCAUUCUCUCUCUGGCUGUGGCCGACCUGUUUAUUGGACUUAUUGUGAUGCCUGUAGAUGCCAUAAAGCUGAUUGAGACAUGUUGGUACUUUGGAGACAUUUUGUGUGACCUGUUUAUGAUAAUCAUGGGACUGCUCCUCUCAACAUCUAUUUGUAAUUUAGUUUUAAUUGCAAUUGAUCGUUAUGUGGCUGUGUGUCACCCUUUACUGUACCCACAAAAAAUAACCACAACUAGAACCUCAAUAAGCAUCUGUCUCUGCUGGUUUUUCUCUUUUGCCUACAGUCUUGCCUAUAUGAUUAAUGUCAAAAAUGUUGAAAGUUCACAAAGAACAGACUCAUGCUAUGGAAAGUGCUAUUUAAUAAUAGGUUUUUCAUUGAUAGUUGUUGACCUGUUCUUUACUUUCUUGUUUCCUUUGACUGUGAUCAUAUCUUUAUAUUUGAGGAUAUUUUAUGUUGUACAUCAGCAAGUGAAAGUUAUAAACUCUCUGAUGAAGGGUGGUAAAUGUGUAAUGGAGAGAUCAGUGAGGAGGAAAUCUGAGAGCAAAGCUGCUCUGACAUUAGGAAUUAUUGUGGCAGCUUAUCUGCUAUGCUAUAUUCCAUACUAUAUCUUGUCUUUAACAAGUAGUACAAUAAUCUCUUCUGCUACAAUGACAUUUUUACUAUGGACUAUAUAUGCUAACUCAAGCCUGAAUCCUGUUGUCUAUGCUUUAUUUUACCCUUGGUUUAAAAUAUCAGUUAAACACAUCUUAACUCUUAAAAUAGUGAAGCCAGCAUCCUCUCUCUUAGAUAUAUUUAUAUAUUAUUCAUGAUUUUUGUAGAGGAGGAGGAUUUUUUUUUUUUUUUUUUUUUUUUUUUUUUUUGUCUAUUUGACAUAGCAUAGACUAAUGUAUAGUACUUUUACGCAUUUAUAAACUGAAUGUGAACAUACUGGAUACCAGAUGUGCCAUAAGCUCAUUAACAGGAAAAAAAAUAAUAAUUUAAAAACUAUUUUAAAUUAAGGUAAAUAAUUAUAUUUACCUUGCAAUUAGAAUCUUAUGUGCAUAUGUUAAAGCCAACAUUUAAGCCAACAUUUUUAGCGUUUGAUUUUGGAUUUAAUUUAUUUAAAUUCUUAUUCAUUUCUAGGCCUCAAAACACAUAAAACACACACGUAUUGAAACAAAUACUUUGAAGUGGACAUGACAUUAAACACUUCAUGGUGUCAGAGUAAUAGAGUAAUACAUUUUGCCAGAGUAAUACAUUUUGCUAAAAUCUUCAGUUGUGUAAAAUUGAAUAGAUGAUGAUUAAUUUUCCCCUGAAGCAACAGUUUUACUAAUGUACAUUUACAGUUGCAGAGCAUUUACAGUUAUUCUGUUCUUGUAAUCAGCUGAAUGACCAUAGACAGGCCUAGUGUUAAACCAUACUGUUUAGAUGCAAAAGGGAAUUUAAAUUUUCAUAUCCCGAUUCAGCCAGAAGAUGGCGACAAAUACUUGUGCAAAACCAAGGCAUCAUUGUCUCUCCAUUGACAAAUUCUAAAGCUUCAUCACAUACAUCCUUCAUAGAGAAAGGAAUCCCAAAGUUCAUUGCGACAGAUUCAUGAGGUGUUAAUAAUGUUGAUAAUAAACUUAUUUAAUUCAGUACUGAAAAAUAUCAAUACAAAAUGUCUUUCAUUUGUAUCAUGUGCAUUUUUAUUCUUAUUAAUGUAUCUUACUAUUUACUUGUACAGUAUGUUAACAUGCUAAAGUCAGAUUUUAUUGAAAUCAAUUGUGAAUUCACUUUUCUCUGCUCUUUGUAUGUUUGUGUGGAGUGGCAGCCUAUAGAGAGUAUUCCAAAUCAGUUUCUUUUAAGGUUCCAUGACAGUUAGAAGACAAUUGCUUAUGUAGAUUGUUAUACAUAAAGUAUCUGUAAAUCACAAGAUUUAUGUGUAAAUGCAUCUCAGAUAUGAUUUAAACCAGGACUUCUCAACUCUGGCCCUCCAGGUCCACUUUCCUGAAGAGUUUUGCUCCAACUCUAAACAAACACACCUGAACACACUCCAACCAACCUGAUCAUUCUCUCUGUGGCUGUGGCUGACCUGCUUAUGACUUAUUGUGAUAUCCAUAAA